AUGGCUUCUCUUGCUGCUCACGUGUCGCUCGACGACUUUCUCAAAGUACAGUACGACUAUGUCAUUGUUGGUGGAGGAACCUCUGGGCUGGUCCUCGCUGCAAGACUGACAGAGAACCCGAAUGUCACCGUUGGCGUUGUCGAAGCCGGUAAGCUUCGAGUGGAUGACGAGAAUAAACACAAUCACAACCGCAUCCACCACGUCGUUCGGGGCAAAUUCGUUGGCGGCAGCAGUGGCAUCAACUAUAUGGCUCUUGUCUCCCCACCAUCAGAAGAUAUUGACGCCUGGGGUCAGCACGCCUCGGGUUGGUCAUGGUCUGCACUCGAGCCUUACUACCGGAAGAGUCAGACCCUUCAACCAGACCGUUCCACAGAGGAACGUCCCAGUUACUUCCGACUCGAGCCCAAGCUACAAGGAGAUUCAGGCCCCAUUCAAACGUCCUGGGCACCGUCCAUUGUCCCUAUUGAACGAAAUCUGAUAGUAGCCUUGAACGAAGCCAGCAACACCGAACCUCCCAGAGAUCCGUACAGUGGUGACCACCUCGGCAUGGCGCAGCACCUUUUCACCUUGGACCGCCGCGCGGGAAUUCCGUCUCGAAGCUACGCUACGAGCGGAGACUUCGUGCCAUAUGCCCAUCGCCCGAACCUCAAGCUCCUCACCGAGGCCAGCGUGGUGAAAAUCCUUCUAGACAAUAAAGACUCCUCUGUCGAAGCUACUGGCAGCCCUCGAUUGCUGGAGCUGUCUGGCAUUGGUAACCCGGAAAUUCUACGAGCUGCAGGUGUCGAGUGUGUCGUGGACCUACCAGAAGUGGGUGAGAAUCUCACGGAACACUCCAUGUCGUCUCUUUCCUAUGAAUUGGCUCCCGGUCCAGAGAACAUCACGCUCGAUUCUCUCUUCCUCGAUAGAACUGUCUUUCAAGAGCAGCUCCAACGUCUUAUGGCGAGUCAUGAUGGUUUGAUGGCUGGUGCCUUUCGGACCGGCAUCUCUGCUCCAGGCAAAACUCAGCGCGAGCCGCAUGAGCGAGUGAAAACGCUGAUUGCCAGUCCAUCUGCCCCGAGCAUCGAACUCAUCAGUCUUCCGGGCUAUGUCGACCUCGAGGCUGGACACAAAAACCAAAGCAAGAUCAUGCCUGGAGCCCCCGCAGGACACAAUGCGUGCUACACGACCAUGGUCAGCGCCAUGUAUCCCCUCGCACGUGGAAAUACGCACAUCGAGCGUUCCGAGUCAGCAGUGGAAGAGGGAAAAGAGCCGUUUGCCACUCAACCUCGAAUCGACAUGGACAUCCUGUCUCACGAAGCCGACGUGGACGCCAUUGCCGCCGGCCUCGCCGUCGCGGAUCGAGCGUACAAGUCGGAAUCCGUCUCUGGCAGAUUCGUCGGGCGUUUGGCCCCUCCACCAGAGGUUGAUCUGCAGGACCCUGAGCAAGCCAGAGACUACGUCCGUCGACAGGUCAUGAUCUUCAACCACAACUCAGGCACCUGCGCCAUGGGGAGAGUUGUGGAUGAGCGUUUGCCAGUAAAGAAUGUAAGCGGCCUGCGCGUGGUCGACGUCAGUGUCAUCCCCGACACCAUCAGUGCGAAUCCGAUGGCCACAGUGUAUGCACUGGCGGAGAAGGCGGCUGAUAUGAUCAAGGAGGAUUCCCCCCUGUUUACCUCACACGAAGCGGGGAAUGGAGAAUGA